AUGGUAAGGGUUAGACCGGAGACGACGCCCGUUUCCGGCGGAAGUGUGGCGCCAGGAAGCUUCCGUCUCCUGUUUACUGAAAUUCAUAUAUUAAGGAUGAAGAUUAAGCGUACACUUCGUACAAUACGAGGAAGGAAACAUGUUCGUAUUUGGUCAUGUCCAGUGCGACCGGUUCUACAAGUGUUAUUCCGAAAACGAGAUGGCUCUGGACUUUCCGGACAUGUUAUUUUUACCAUUCGUCGUCUCGCUUAUGUUCAUUAUUCGGAGGACGACGACAGCUUUUUAUUGACGGACAUUGGUGAAGGUCACGCGGAACAUUCGUCUAGGCAUGCU